AGACAUCAAGGAGAGAAAGAGAAAGAGAAAGAGACUCUGAAACUGAAGAGAAGAAAAGAAAGAAAGGUUGAGGACCAGAGGUGUACAAGACUACAACUCUACUCCUCACAAUACACACCAGCAAAAGACACCAGCAUUCCCAAGAAACCGCCCUAAAAGCUUCCAAAGAUUUCUCAUUUGUUUUCUCCCUGCGAAUUUCUCCUGCUAGGAGGAGGAGAGAGCAGAAAAGGGUUUCAGAGGAGCACAGAAAUAAAUGAUUUUGGCGAGAUUUGUGUGGGAAAUGAGUUAGCAGUUGUAGGUGUUAGGACCACUCAUAAAUUCUGCCUGUUCUUUUUCAGAUCUGCUCCGUGCUUUGCUUCCCAAACGAAAAGAAAUUCUCUCCACCCAGGACACUGUCUCUGCUUCGAGUCCGAGUCCUUUUUAGAAGAAAAAUCUCUCCUCUCUUGUAUGGCUCGUCGUCUGAAUCCAUUCUUGCCGCUCUCCCAGCUCGGAGUUUCUUGAUUUCUCCGAAGCUUCUGUCUUUUUUAUUUUAAAAAAAAAUUCCGGAGUUAGUUUUUCUUUUGCUGUGAGUUUGUUCGUCGUGUUGAUUUGUUUCUCUGCGAGUCCACUCUCGAGUCCAGAGGCAGAAUCUUGGUGUUGAAUUCAACACUGUUCGAAGCAGAAGUCGAGUUCCUCUCGUAAAAAUUCAUCUUUUUUCUUGUGUUCGUUUGCUGCGUAAUCACCUCUCCUCUGCUCUCUUUUUUCUUGGCUUGAAUCUCACACAGUUCGCAGCUUUCCACACUCGUUUCCGGUCUCGAUUUCAUCAGCUGAGGUCGGCUCCUGCUCAUCUCUGCCGAUUCGUUUCGUCUCGAGAGCAUAUAAAAUCCCUCUUUGGUUUCGCCAACUCCACAAGGUUAGUCCAUCUCGUGGUCGAUUGGUUGAUUCCAUUUCCUCCCAAGAAUGGGCAACGCGUUCCGGUGCAUGUCGCGCAAGGAGCACCGCGGCGGCGCGGCGGUGUCGCGCAGCAAGCGGAUGGGGAGCGCGCGGUCGGGGCGCGGCGCCGGGAAGCUGACGCCCGCGGAGGAGGAGCUGCUGCACCGGCAGGCGCUGGCCAUGGCCAUCCACCAGCACCUCGACGCCGGGGGCUCCAUGUCGCGCCGCAUCGACGCGGGCGGCUCCAUGUCCCGCCGCAUCGGCCCCGGCUCCACCAGCUCCCGCCGCCGCGGCGACCUCCCGGACUCCGUCAUGAAUGGCAAGGCAGUCCAAAUUGUUUUAGAGAACUUGGAAACAAAGAAAAUUGUUCUUGUUCAUGGAGAAGGAUUUGGUGCUUGGUGUUGGUACAAGACCAUUUCUCUCUUGGAGGAAGCUGGUCUUGAUCCUAUUGCCUUGGAUCUCACGGGUUCUGGUAUAGACAAUGCUGACAUAAACAGCAUAGCUACAUUAGCAGAUUACUCCAAACCUUUAAUCGACUACCUCAAUAAACUUCCUGAGAAUGAAAAGGUUAUUUUGGUCGGUCAUAGUUGUGGAGGUGCAAGCGUGUCAUAUGCAAUAGAAAAAUGCCCCAAGAAGAUAUCGAAGGCUGUAUUUCUUACUGCUACAAUGGUGAAAGAUGGCCAGAGGCCCUUUGAUGUGUUCUCUGAGGAACUCGCAUCUGCAGAUGUUUUCUUGCAAGAAUCACAAUUCUUACUAUACGGAAAUGGAAAGGACAAGCCUCCUACCGGGCUCAUGUUCGACAAACAGCAAAUCAAGGGGCUAUAUUUCAACCAAAGUCCUUCCAAGGAUACCGCACUGGCUGCAGUGUCCAUGAGGCCCAUCCCUCUAGCCCCAAUCAUGGAGAAGCUCUCCCUCACCCCAGAAAACUAUGGAGCUGUGCGCCGCUACUUCGUCCAGACGCUCGACGACCGCAUGCUCUCGCCUGAUGUCCAGGAGAAGCUGGUCAGGGAGAACCCGCCCGAUGGCAUCUUCAAGAUCAAGGGUGGUGACCAUUGCCCCUUCUUCUCAAAACCACAGUCCCUCAACAAGAUCUUGCUUGAGAUAGCUCAAAUUCAGGCUCCGACGACGCUGCUCCCCAGCAAUGCCAAGACAGAGGCGAUAGAGGUGACAGAGGCCAAGACAGAACAAGAAGAAGAAGAGAAAACUGAGAAAUCGUCAUGACUGUUUAUGUGUAUGUACAUGGAAUGGUAGUAGCACAUAGGUUGCAAGCAGGAGAUACCAGGAUCAAUUGAAACCAGUCGGCUGCCAGAAUAAUAAUGUACCAGUAGGAAGGCGAAGAAAUGUUCUUUUUUUUUCCCCUUUGUGAUCAAGUAUAGCGAAUGAGCGUAUGAGAGAUCUUCAGUCAGAUAUAUAUGUUUAACCUUGUGAAUUAUAGGUUCUUCGGUCUGAUGUCUGAACAUUAUCAUCUUGCAGUCUCUGUCAGGUGCAAUGUGUCAAUGCUCCAAUCCACAUUAUCAUCUUCA